AUGGCUUUGCUUGCGGUUUUAAUAUUGAUACUCUGCGUGUUCGUCGGCGCCUUGUGGAACUAUACGCAGCUAAACUCAAUUCCCGGCCCAUUGCUUGCGGGUCUCUCUGAAAUUUGGUGGGUGUGUCUCAAAUCAUCACCACGAUAUGCUUAUCGCUUGGAGCGUCUUCACCGCAAAUAUGGUGAGGUCGUUCGCAUAGGGCCGAAGACGGUCAGCAUCUCUGACCCUUCCACCGUUUACUGGCUGGAUGCUACUUGUCCACGAAGGUCAAAGGUACUCAUCACUUUCCUCCCCAAGUUGAUGGACUAUAUGCUGAGAUUUCUGAAGUUGUUCCUUGAUAGUUAUGUGGAUGAAUCAGAAGGAGGGACUGUCAAUGCUCGACUCAAAUGCAAUGAUCUUCUUUACCAAAACGAGCGGAGAGACCACGAAUUUCAACACCAUGAUAAAACCAAGGACCUGGUUCUCGACUUCCUCAGAGCGAUUCGAAAACAACGUACCUUGAAACUGGCUGUGUUCCGAAGCUUCGCGACAGACAUUGUUGGACGCAUGUUUGUGGACGACCUGGCCAAUGACCGAGCAGCACCAACGGGUACCGGAUCAAACCACACGGAUAGAUGCCGAUUUACAACAUCUCUGGACUAUAUUAUGUUUAAGAGCCCAGUUGCGAAGCUAAAGCGCAAACGAAACAAUAGCCUAACAUGGGUUUCUUGCACAGGGCCCUAUUCCGGGUGGAACGAUGCGUCUACCUUUCACGUUUUGCCGGAGACAGGCAAAAGAACAUUCCCGCGGGCAGAAACCCGUGGAUAUGGUAAUCCAGACGCCUCUGUGACUGUAAACGGAGCGGACAGCAUGAUUGCCGCGUUCGUUUCAGUGUUUCUCCAUUUGUUAAAGCGCCCUACGGCUAUGUCUCAACUCAAGCACGAGGUAGACAUGGCAUUUCGCAAGGUGGCCUUAUCCGAUAUUCUUCAGCAAGAGAUGGAAUCACACGUCCUACAAUUCCUGGAUGCUGUCAUGAAAGAAUCGAUGCGACUUGUCAUGGGAUUUAAUUAUCGAAGGGAUGUUCCUGCGGGGGGUGUAGAAGUCUCGGGACAUUACCUUCCUGAAGGAACGGUUGUUCAAUUUCAUUCAGAUUCUAUAAGAAACAAUCGUGCCAUCUAUGGAGAAGACGUCUCUUCUUUCCAGCCUCAGAGAUGGCUACAGGCAGACUUGGACCAACGGCAACGGAAACGGAUGGAGGGAGGAUUGUUGGUUCUUCGAUCGAAUAUGCCAAAUGCUACGAAAGCUCGAGCUGCCUGGCUGGAAUUGAAGCGUGCUGUUGCUCUGAUCAUCUGGAAGUUUGAUUUGCAUCCAUUCAAUUACGCUGAAGUGUCCAUCCAAGAUGCCCCUUCUCCAGAGCAAGAAUACGAUGUCUUGGUGAACUUUACUCCUAGAAUGCAUUAA